AUGAGCGGAACUUCAAACGUCGGAAACUCUCAGGUCUACGAAGACGGGGAUCAGAAGAACGUGUCCAAAUCUGAGGUAGAACAAGAGAAGCAGGACAAGAGAUUCCAUGAGGGCAAAGAGAAUAGUCACAAAGCCAAUGACUCUAAGGAUCAAAGAACUAUCGCCAACAAGCUCGCUCGCGAGGAAAAGCGUGAGAACGAAGACGAGGAAGAGAGCGAAGAAACAAAAGCGCUGAAAAAAGAUCCAACAUUGCCUGCAAAAAUGCACGGCAACGAGCCCAGCAGAGGUGCAAAGAUUGAUGCUCAGAUUCAAGCUGAGGAAGAGGAAGAGCUGAGAAGAAAGGGCAAGGCUUAA